CUCCGAAUGCCUCUGCUGCCAUGGUCUGGCAGGUAUAUGUUCUUUGCAUCGUAAACUGUGCAGCCUUUAAGGUAAGCACACCCUCCAGUGACCUGAUCGCCAUCCGAGGUCAGCCAACCGUGCUGGGCUGCGAGUUCACCUCCGAGCCAGACCCUAGCCUGUCAAGCCUGGUGGUCACCUGGCAACGGCCUGAAGACUCCCAGGUGGUGCACAGCUUCUAUUAUGGGCAGGACCAGCUGGAACGGCAGAGCCUCAACUAUCGGAAUCGCACGGCCCUGUUUGUGUCAGAGCUUAAGAGAGGAAAUGCCUCGCUGAGGAUAGAGGGGGUCAGAUCAAAAGAUACAGGCAUGUACCUGUGCUUGGUGAGCAACAUGAAGGGAACAGGCAGAGCACAGGUGCGACUAGUGUAUGGAGCCUUCUACACAGAACCCAGACUGAGCAUCAGUGCAAGUCCUCAUGGUGUGACAGUGCAGUAUGAGUCAGAGGGCUUCCCCAAGCCUGAGGUGCAGUGGGUGGGGGCAGAGGACCAGAACCUCUCCCAUCACACAGAGUUGACAAACGACUCCGACAUGGCUGGGGGACUGUACCAUUUAAAGAGCAUCUACGAAGCUCACACCUAUCCUUUAAGUGUGACCUUUACUCUAAAGAACCGGCUUCUCAAUCAAGACCUGCAGAAGUCUCUUAAUCUCAGAUAUGGUGAAGAUGAAACCAAAAGGGGCUUGAUCACAGCAGUCAUUUUUCUUUCUAUAGUGUGUGCCCUUCUGGUCAUUGGCAUGGUGUUUCUCCUGAAGAAGGGUAACUGCUACAUCGUCAAACAGGAUACAAAGAAUGGAUUUCAAGUCCCACUGAGCAGUAUUGAGUAGUGAAAACUAGUCAGAGCAAGACAGGCAGGCAGGCAGGGAGGGAUUAAAUUUAGAUAAAGAAAAUAUGGAAAGGAGUACAUAGUUGCAGGAAGUCACCAGGGUUAGUUCCCACAUUUCAUCUGAGAGUGUAUGGUCCUGUGCACCUGCUUUGGUUGGUCUGGUCAGGCUUGUGCUAGGCUGAGCAAUAUCAACUCGUAUCUCAUGUCUCCAGUUCAUCACUUCUAGAAUGCAUGCAUACAGACACGCUCAUAGUAAAGGCUACACCUGCACACUGCACCUUUAAUGGCAUAGUAACCUUUGGCUCAUUUUGAUAUUAGCACAGCUCUUAUUUCUCUUGUUAGUUUCUUAACAAUGUUAUAGAAUAAACACCAAUACCACAGAUUUGCCAUCCAUAUUCUAUUUUGACACUAUUUCUACACUCAUGCACUACCUCUAAGCACAGCAUAGUACAUACCUUUGAAAUAUGUCCCACCUGUAGGCUUCAAAUACAUAUGCAGAAACAUUUAGUUUGAGUUGAUUGAGCAAGAAGUAAGCUCAGUGUAAUGGUAU